UCCUUCCUUCCCUCCCUUCCGCCGUCGGCCGGGCCAUGGAGGCCGUGGACGCGGAGCAGCUGACCGAGAAGCUCUGCUGCGCCAUCUGCCUGGGGCUCUACCGGGACCCGGUGACGCUGCCCUGCGGCCACAACUUCUGCGGGGACUGCAUCCGGGACUCGUGGCGCCGCUGCGAGCAGGCCUGCCCCGAGUGCCGCGAGCCCUGCCCGGCCGGCGCCGCGCCGCCGCGCCGCAACGUGGCGCUCAGCCAGGUGAUGGAGCUGCUGCGCGGCCCGCGGCCCGCGGGCCCCGGCCCCGCCCCCGCCGAGCGCGCCCCCGCCGCAGGCCCCGCCCCCGCCGCAGGCCACGCCCCCGCGCGCUGCCCGCUCGAGCUCGUCUGCCGCACCGAGGACCGCUGCGCGUGCUGCGCCUGCGCCGUGCGCGAGUGUCGCCUCCACGAGCCGGUGCUGCUGCACGAGGAGCGCCGCCAGCGCGAGGGCCAACUGAGAGCCAGACUGGAGGUUACCCGGCAGCGCACCGCCCAGGCGGAAACCCAGCUUCAGGAGCUACGACAGCAGACCAGCCAGAUCCAAGGCUCAGCCUGCACGCUGGCCUCGGUGGUUUCCAGCAAAUUCAGCUGCCUGCAGCAGGCCCUAGAGAAGCAGCAGGCGUCAGCGCUGGAGAGCAUUGAGACGGCCAAGGCUCGGGCGCUAGCACAGAUCAGGGACGAGGAGCGGCGCCUGCGGGGCCACCUGGAAGCCCUGGCUCUGUAUGGCCACAGGGUGCACAGCCUGCUCGAGCAAGCGGACCCUCAGGCUUUCCUCCAGGAAUCGCAGCAGCUCCUUGAGCCCCCAGAGCCCCUCGGGCCCCGACCCCCUCCGCAGUGGGAUGCGGAUGGGCAGCUGAGUGAGCUGAAGGAGCAUCUGAGCCCGCUCUGGGGCUUCCUCCUGGAAGAACGCCGUCCCCCGAAGGGGGCAGCCAAGACCGCCCAGCCGCCGCCCACAGACACCGCGGGUCCCCCGGCGCUGGCUUCCAGCAUGGAGUGUCCGCUGAGGAAGCAACUUCGGCAGUAUUACCGCAAUCUGACCUUUGACCCAGCCAGUGCCAACCGCCAUUUCUCCCUGUCCCAUGAGGACCAGCGGGUGACACAUUGCCGCCAGCCCCAGAGGCCAGCCAAGCCGGGCAGCUUCGAGUUCUGGCAGGUGCAGUGUGCCCAAAGCUUCCAGACCGGGCGGCACUACUGGGAGGUCCUCGCCUCGGACCACUCCGUGACGCUGGGCGUCACCUACCCAGGACUGGCACGCUGCAAGCAGGGGACAAGCACCGACAACAUUGGCCGAGGGCCUGAGUCCUGGGGCCUUUGCAUCCAGGAGGGAAGUGUCCAGGCCUGGCACAAAGGAAAGGCCACGCGCCUCCCUCCUGUGUCUGGACGGCUCCUGGGCAUGGAAUUGGACCUGGCCUCCGGCUACCUCACCUUCUAUAGCCUGAAGCCACGGGCCCAGGCACUGCACACCUUCAACGCCUCCUUCAACCGCCCCGUCUUCCCUGUCUUCUGGCUCCUGGAAGGGAGGACCCUCACCCUGUGCCAUCAGCCUGGUGCUCAGGAGGCUGAGAUCUGAGGAUCGUGGUUCAGAGCCAGCCGGGGCAGAAAAGUCCCGGGGAGACUUAUCUCCAACUAGCCACUCAAAAACUGAAAGUGCUGUGGUGCUCAA